AUGAAGUGCAUCCACUAACACUUUAAGGAGUAGGGAAACCAUAGAACCCAUCCUACAUUCGCAAUAUUUUAGAAAUAACUUAGUUGGGCGUUAAUGUCAUUACAAAGACAAGAAGAACUAAUUGAAUCAGCAAUAGAGGAACUACCAGUUGGGCAUGCAGUACAUGAUCCACCACUGAAGAAACUGUAGAAGUUAUCUUUGCAAAAUCACUAAGAUUCGAUGGUUUUGUUUUUAUCUUAGCAAGUGCAAGAGGUGACAAGAGUAUCCGUGGUAGUAGAAGCAGGAGAAUUAGCUCCAUAAGGGCAUUGUAUGCAAGAUUUAUCAGGAUUAAAAUCAAAAGAAGUACCUUAAUAGCCAGUUUUACAGUAGCAAUAACCAUCAGCACUUAGAGUAGAGUUAGCAUCCAUACUAGCAUUUACUGUAACAAGUAAAGAUAAUCAAAUAAGUAUCAAAGAAUUUGCUUUCAUUUCUCUUUUUACAAGAUUAGUUUUUAUUUUUAUAAAAUCUUAAUAAUUGAAAUUUUGA